CUCUUCUUUCCUCUUCUUUUACUUAUAUAAAAACAUUAUAAUAUAUAUAUAUAUAUACUUUAAGAAAAAAGUACUGGAAUUAAUCAAGAAGUUUGAGGUUGAGGUUGAGGUUGAGGUGAGGAAUGGCAGGUGGGGGCUCUACAAGUGAGGGUACAAGGGAACUUGAUCAAACACCAACAUGGGCUGUUGCUGGUAUUUGUGCUGUCAUCAUUAUCAUCUCCAUAGCUUUAGAAAAAAUCCUUCAUAAACUUGGAAAGUUUUUCACAGACAAGCACAAGAGGGCAUUAUUUGAAGCUUUAGAAAAAGUCAAAGCUGAGUUGAUGGUUCUGGGAUUUAUCUCACUAAUAUUGACUUUUAGUCAAUACUACAUAGCAAAAAUAUGCAUACCCAUUAGUGUUGCUGAUACCAUGUUGCCAUGUGCCAAGAGACAAAAUCAUGACAAGAAAGAAGAACGUCGGUUGCUUCUAUGGUACGACGAACGUAGAUCUUUAGCCGGUAAAUCUGAAUCUAGCUGCAGCAAGGGGAAAGUACCGAUGAUAACGGUUGAUGGGUUGCAUCAAUUGCACAUACUCAUAUUCUUUCUUGCCGUUUUACACGUUAUGUACAGUGCUGCUACUAUGGCUCUUGGGAGAUUAAAAACCCGUGGCUGGAAGCGUUGGGAAGAGGAGACGUCAACCCAUGACUAUGAAUUCUCCAAUGAUCCUUCACGAUUCAGGCUUACCCAUGAGACGUCUUUUGUGAGAGCACACACCAGCUUUUGGACUCGAAUCCCAUUCUUCUUUUACAUUGGAUGCUUCUUCCGUCAGUUCUUCAGGUCUGUUAGUAAGUCUGAUUACAUGACCUUGCGGAACGGAUUCAUUAACCUUCAUUUGUCUCCAGGAAGUAAAUUCAACUUCCAAAAGUACAUCAAAAGGUCAUUAGAGGACGAUUUUCAAGUUGUUGUGGGAGUUAGCCCUGUACUGUGGACAUCGUUUGUGAUCUUUCUGCUUCUAAACGUUAAUGGAUGGCAUGCAAUGCUUUGGGCAUCCAUAAUUCCAUUAGUUAUUAUCCUAGCUGUUGGAACACAUCUUCAAGCCAUUUUGACAAAAAUGGCUCUUGAAAUCACAGAAAGACAUGCAGUUGUCCAAGGGAUCCCUCUCGUGCAGGCAUCUGAUAAAUUUUUUUGGUUCUCAAAACCGCGCCUAAUGCUUCAUCUUAUACAUUUCGUACUUUUUCAGAAUGCUUUCCAGAUAACUUACUUCUUGUGGAUUUGGUAUGAAUAUAAGAUAAAUUCUUGCUUCCAUGAUGAUAUGAAAACUGUGAUCCUAAAACUUGUAAUCGGAGUUGGAGUUUUAAUCUUAUGCAGCUAUAUAACACUUCCGCUAUAUGCGCUUCUAUCCCAGAUGGGAUCAAACUUGAAAAAAUCCAUCUUUGAUGAACAAACUGCCAAAGCACUCAAGCAAUGGCGGAUGGCCGUAAAGAAAAAACACGGAGGCAAGGGUGGCAAGUCCCCAGCUCGAUCAUAUGCUAGCAGUCUUACUGCUAGCCCUGUUCAUUCAAUGGCAUCCACCAUAAAUCCAGCAGCUGGAGGAGUUGCGCUUCACAGAUUCAAGACAACAGGCCACUCCACACGGUCUGCUUACCAUGAUGACACUGAUGCGUCAGAUCUUGAAGCCGAACCACUCUCUCCCGAGUCAUCUACUAGACACUUGAUCGACGUGAGAGAUGGUUAUCACACUGAUAAUGAAAUCGAGUUGGAUCACACGACGCAAGAAACUGAAACAAGAAAUGAAGAUGAAUUUUCAUUUGCUAAGCCUGCACCACCAUUGCAGUAAGAGCAAUAACAAGAUCUAUUUCGUUUAGAACUUUAAAUCCCGAAAACUACCUGGUUGAGCGAUGUCUUAUAUGUAGUCACAAUUGUCAGAGAUAUGGUUAUGGUAACUUUGUUUGGUAGAUACGGUUAUCAUUAUUUCUUGUACAUGUAUUUAAAUAUUGUAUACUUUUAUUUUGGUGACUUAUGAAAUCCCCUUGACAUUGUUUGCUCAUAUAAA